UUUUCCUCCCUUUAGUUAGUCUCUUUAUUAUCGAUUAUUUUUUCCACUAGUUAAUAGUUUUUUUUGGAUGGAACCGAUCAAAAUUUUGCUGGACCAAUAGUUUUUCAUUGAUUUAAUUGAGUUAACCAAUUAAUGAAGCAAUCGAUCGACGAAGAGUCUCUCCAUUAAUUUCUCUCUUGUUGCUCAUCGUCAUCCUUCCUUUUCCUCUGCUUAAUUUGAGCUGAGCUAGUUACGUCAGCAAUUGGCCAAGGAGAGAGCAAAGCUGAGAGAUGUGCGACUACUUCUCGCAGAGGAUGGACGGCGAUCUCACCGACAUCGUUCUCACCGGCGGCCACUUGUCGAACUCCGGCCUCGAUCCAUUCCUCGACGACGACGCCAACUGGCAAGUCGAUCAGCUCCUCCCCAACAGCGACCCCUUCGCUGACCUCCAAGUCGACCCGAUGUUGAACCCCUACGUCGCCGCCGCCGCCGGCGGUGCUACCGGCGUCGACCACGGCGGCUUCGGAGAUCGGUUCCAGCUUCUACCUCCGCCACCGCCGCCAAAGGCUGUGGCUGCUAAGGUGCACCAGAUCUCGCUGUCACCUCUCUUGCCAAAGAUGAUUACCGCCGGCGGUCCGAUGGCCGGCGCCGCAGAUCGCUGUGGAGAGGAGCAGAUCUCGCCUCGUAGAGCUACUACUCCUGGCAACAAACGGAGAAAAGGUCAGGCUAAGAGGGUGGUAUACGUUCCUGCACCGGCGGCGGCGGCGGAAGGCAGCAAUAGGCCGAGCGGAGAGGUUGUUCCCUCGGAUCUGUGGGCGUGGAGGAAGUAUGGCCAAAAACCAAUUAAGGGCUCUCCUUAUCCACGGGGCUACUACAGAUGCAGCAGCUCCAAGGGCUGCUCCGCCCGGAAGCAGGUGGAGCGCAGCCGCGCCGACCCCAACAUGCUCGUCGUCACCUACACCUCCGAGCACAACCACCCCUGGCCUACCCAGCGCAACGCCCUCGCCGGGUCCGUCCGCUCCUCCCACCAUUCUAAGUCCACCAAGCCGCUGCCGCCGCCCACUGACGCCACCGCCACCGAUCCAUUAAUUAACCACCCCGACGCAGAAGCACUGGCGCCGCCGGACUCCACCUCUCCCUUGGUCAACGAAGAAAGUGGCGUUUGCUACAAGCCGAUGAUCCCCGAGGCGAACCUCCAGCCCGACGACUUCUUCUCCGACCUGGCCGAGCUGGAGUCGGAACCGAUGAGUCUCAUCUUCUCCAAAACCGAUCCCUUGUUCAGCAUGUUCGAUUGAAAGCGGCUAAAUUCAAUCAGGAGAGGGUUUAUAACAAGACCCCGGAGCAGCAAAACAAAAAAGCUUAAUCGAGUCCUCCUGUUCAAGGUCUAGUUAUAAACCUUCUUAAUUUGAAUCCACAAAGUUGUUAAUUUCAGUUUUGUCUAAAAUGGAGAAGGAAGUUAAUCGAUGGUCAGUUUGAGACGACCUUCAAGUUUGGAGUAGUGCAGGAGGAUGGGACAGAAAGCCGGUGAGUAAACAGGAAAGCUUGAAAUUAACAGUUGCAAAAGUAGCUUGUCCAUCUCUUUAAGCUGCCAACAUGGUGGUGGGCAAAACAGUUCAUGCUCCUUGUGAGGACUUAAAAAGGAGGAUCGAUGAACAUCUGUCAAAAGAAUAGAUCAUACUUAAUUUUGAAAUUAUGAUGACAAGCGAAAUUAGCAA